ACAUACACAUGUAAAACCAUUGUGCAUAAACCUUAAUUUAUUUAUUUAUUUUUUUAAAUCAUCCAUCUCAACCAAACGCUAAUCCGUGUCAUAACUGCAGCAGUGUGAGACGGUGGCGGUGUGCUUUUCCUCUGCAGGCUGUGUGUUGCGUUAUCAGGCAGAAGGUGUAAAGGGGAGUGCCUGCUCUCCCUCUCCCCAGCUCUGCCUCCUCAGGAGUGGAAAGCAAUGAUGUAAUGUGCCUGGCCGCCUCAGAAUGAGCAGCCCCCCUCUGCUGCGCUUCAUUCCCCCUUUCUCUCUCUCUUUCUCUCUCUAUCUCGCAGUCUCCCUCCCAUCCUCUUCCACCGCCGCUGCUUCUGCUGGUGUUGGUUGGUGGCUGGCGUUUGUGAGCUGCAGCCCUGGGCAUCUCUGGGGAUCCCUGCAGAGCUACUGUUCCUCUUCUCCCUGUGACGGCUGGGGCUCGCCGGCUCGCGGAAAAGACCCUCUCUGUCUCGUCGGACGAGGGGAGGAGCAGUGAUUAAGCCAGAAGGAGGCUUUACUCCAGCAGCGUGUCAGAUACACACAGUCACAGCAGCACACAGAGCACGAGCGUGAGCUUCGUACUACCAACCUCACAUUCAGACCAACAUACAGCUGAUACUGGCCGUCUCAUAAGCUGGAUCUAUUGACAGAACUCUGAUUUCCUUUGGGAUUCCCUUCUGCUUUCCCCCCCAUGAGGAACCAGCUGAAAAUCUAUCCUAAAAAGAAUUGCUGAACACAACACAUUGUGGGAGUCUCAUGGAGACUGAUUUGUGCUGUACCGCUGUCCUUGAGGACUCAAUUCUUGGUAGAAAUCCACCAUUGUGAGGCCCUGUGAAGGUGACCCCAAAUCCUCAACACACAGCCCUGCUUUUCAGGAGCUUGAGGAGUAGAAGAAAAAGAAACUGUAAAAAAAAGAUCUUCAUGAGAGCCCGAAAAUCUAGAGUCACAAAAUGUGGACACUAAACAUGACACGUGUCUUUUUCCUGUUCCUCCUCAACGUCCUCCUGGUCGGACGGUGUCAAUCAGCAGAAGACGACGUCACCCCUCGCCUCAGCUUCUCUUACAAUGCAAACGAGAGGUCGGCCAAGAGAUUUUCACCCAGUGGAGUCUUCAAUUACACCUCUCUGCUCCUCAGUAAAGAGGAUAACAUGCUGUACGUCGGCGCUCGAGAGACUCUCUUCGCACUUAAUAUCAGCGAUAUCAGCAGAACGCAGAUGCAGCGCAACUUAACGUGGAGCACGCCGCAGAGAAAAAGAGAUGAAUGCAGUUUCAAAGGGAAGGACUUAAAGACGGACUGCUUCAAUUACAUCAAGAUUUUACUGCGUGUGAACAGCACUCAUCUGUACGUGUGUGGAACGUAUGCCUUCAGUCCAAUCUGCACAUACAUCAACACAUCAAACUUUUCCCUGGUGCGCAAUGAAGUGGGAGAAAUAAUGACUGAAGAUGGUCGAAGCCGAUGCCCCUAUAACCCUGAAUACAAGUCCACGGCCAUCAUGGCUGAUGGAGAACUGUAUGCUGGCACUGUCAGUAAUUUCCAAGGAAACGAUCCCAUCAUUUACAAAAGUCUUGGCCAGGGCACAGCACUAAAGACUGAAAACUCACUGAACUGGCUUCAAGACCCCGCUUUUGUGGGCUCAGCCUACAUUCAGGAGAGUUUGCCCAAAGGCAAUGCAGUGGGCGAUGAUGAUAAGAUUUACUUCUUCUUCAGUGAAGCAGGAAAGGAGUUCGAUUUCUUUGACAACACUAUUGUGUCACGCAUCGCUCGCGUGUGUAAGGGUGAUAAAGGUGGAGAGAGGGUUCUUCAGAAGAAAUGGACGACCUUUCUGAAAGCCCAACUCCUGUGUUCACUGCCUGACGAUGGCUUCCCCUUCAACAUCAUCCAAGACAUGUUUGUACUGACGCCCAGCAAAGAAGACUGGAAGAAAACCAUGUUUUAUGGAGUCUUCACCUCACAGUGGUACAAAGGUGCUUCAGGGAGCUCAGCUGUAUGUGCUUUCACUAUGGACCAAGUUGAAGAGGCGUUUAAUGGACGUUACCGGGAAGUUAAUCGCGAGACGCAGCAGUGGUACACCUACAACCAUCCAGUGCCAGAACCCAGACCUGGAGCCUGCAUCACUAACACGGCCCGCGCCCAGGGGAUCUCCUCUUCCCUGCACAUGCCUGAUAGAGUCCUGAACUUUGUGAAAGACCACUUCCUCAUGGAUAAUGUGAUUCGCAGUCAGCCUCUGCUGUUGAAACGAAAUGUGCGCUACACGCAGCUCGCUGUGCACAGAGUACAGGCUCUCCACAAGACCUAUGAUGUGCUUUUCAUUGGCACAGAUGACGGCAGAAUCCACAAAGCCAUCAACGUUAAAAACAAGAUGUAUAUCAUUGAAGAGCUGGUGAUUUUUCCUGAGCCUCAAUCCGUGCAGCACAUCGAACUGGAUGAUGAGAAGGGACUGUUGUUUGUGUCCAGCUAUUCUGGGCUGGUGGAAAUCCCUCUUGCCAACUGCUCUAACUACCAGAGCUGUGGAGAGUGUGUGCUGUCUAGAGACCCAUACUGCGCCUGGACAGGGAAGCAGUGUUCUAAUGUCAAGCAUGCGUCCUCUAAGAGUCAAUGGCAACAAGAUGUAGAAGAUGCCAACACUGCCAUUUGCAAAAUGCCCAGUCCCCGUUCAGGAAGACCACGUGUUCCAGCAUGCCAUGUGGUAGAAAUCCCAGCAAACACAUUUACAGUUCUACCCUGCAAACUGCGAUCCAAUUUAGCUGCAAGACGAUGGGAGUACAGUGAUACCGCAGAGCGUUUUGUCUACCCAAGUCCUGAUGGCGGCCUGGUGGUUGUAGCCCAAGUGGACAGGCAGGAAAACUACGCGUGUUGGUCCGAAGAAGGCAACUAUCGGCAACUUCUGGCCAGUUACUGUGUUAAAGCGGAGCACGAAAGCACCACCCUGACUGGACGUUCCCGAACACAGCAGGUGACCCAAGGAGAGACUAUUCUACCUGGCGAAACGUGGUCACCACAAAAAACCAAAACAUACUGGAAUGAGCUGAUUGUUGUGUGUGCCUUACUCGUGUUCUCCCUAGUAGUACUGUCGCUUUUUGUGGCGUACAGGAAUCGAGAUAGGAUGAAGUCCAUGUUAAAGGAAGGCGAGUGUCCUAACAUGCAACAGAAGAAGCCGCGAAUUCCAGGGAAGCACACUGAAAGCCUUCCGUUAAAUGGCAACAACAUCCCGCCCUCAGUGUCCGACCACAAGGGCUACCAGACUCUUAAUGACAACUACAUCUGCAGCACUCCAACCCACGAAUGUUCCUCUCCCGAAAACAGCAAGAGCUUCUCAGAGUCUGAAAAGAGACUGUUGACUGUUAACUUAAAGGAGAGCCAUGUGGAGAUCUCACCCACUUGCCCGCGGCCUCGGGUACGACUAGGCUCGGAGAUUAAAGACUCCAUUGUUUAAGUCGGUAUUGGGAAGACUGUUAAAAAAAUAGUGGCCUCUGAACUGAACAGCACCAAGAGAGGGACAGACUGAAAAUCGACUGGAAACGUAACCAUCACUGGGUUUUAUUUUGCACUUUGUCUCCUCUCAUUUUGUCUUGGUGAUCUGUUCACAUUUCUCAGUCACUGCCAAGUCUGUGAAGCACCCAGAGCCACGGCGAGCGGGACGCAAGGUAUACAGUACAGUACGAUGGGCAUUUUGCGAGGCACGCUGUUCCAGUCGUCCCGCCCCCACCUGUCCGUCCCAAAAUGUCUGGUGGCAUCUGCGUG